UGUUCACUUCUCAAACAACAUCCUCUCUCUCUCUCUCUCUCUCUCUCUCUCUCUCUCUCAAACCUAGAAAGAAAAUAGGCCAUUACCUUCUUUUUUUCUUGAUCUUCUUUGUUCCCACAUACCUAUUCUAUUCCUAUAUGAGCAUGAGCAUUUGUUGGUGACAAGAGAGAGUUUUUUGAAUAGGGUUUUGUGACUGUUCUAAAAGAUAGAUUUAAGUCAAUGAUGGCAUCGUCUUCGGAACUGAGCCUCGAUUGGAAGCCCCACAGCUAUUCUAUGCUGUUAAAAUCUUUCAGGGACCAAACAGACCAGACCCAAAAGCUCGAAGAGUUUCUUGCUCGCCUCGAGGAAGAAAAACUCAAAAUCGACGCGUUCAAGCGCGAGCUUCCCCUCUGCAUGCAACUCCUCACAAAUGCAAUGGAGGCUUCAAGGCAACAACUACAGACCCACCUUGCAAAUCAAGUCCCGCCACGACCGGUCCUCGAAGAAUUCAUACCCCUUAAACUAUCAAACUCUGAAUGCUCGGAUAAGGCAUCAAACAUGUCCGAUAAGUCGAAUUGGAUGACAUCAGCACAGCUAUGGAGCCAAGCGAGCGAUGUGAUAACGAAGCAAGAAUUGACAGUAACAUCACCAAGAGAAACAGAAAUCGGGUUCAGUGUCGGUCCUAAUAAGCUAGGUUUAGAUAACAAAUUACAGAGAAACAAUGGAGGAGCUUUUCAUCCAUUUUCGAAAGAGCGAAACUCGUGUCCAAGCUCGACAUUGCUUGCUCUCCCCGAUUUGGCUCUCGCUUCGAACGAGAAAGAGAUGGAGGAUAAGAAAUGUUCAGAGAUUGAUAAUGGGAUUGCUUGUUUGAGGAGAGAGAAUUCGGGUAAGCCGGGGACAGGUAUGGUUGAGCAAGGACACGGUGGUGGUCCGCAAGAUUCUCAAACUACCGCCAUCAACAGCACCGCUGCAGGCUCCGCUAGUACUAAUACAAAUCAAACUCAUAGGAAGGCAAGGAGGUGCUGGUCGCCGGAGUUGCACCGGCGGUUUGUGAAUGCUCUUCAAAUGUUAGGUGGUUCUCAAGUGGCCACACCUAAACAAAUCAGAGAACUGAUGAAGGUUGAUGGUUUGACCAAUGAUGAAGUUAAAAGCCAUCUGCAGAAAUAUAGACUUCACACCAGAAGACCAAGUCCAAGCCCACAAGCUGCAGGUACUCCACCACCCCAGCUAGUGGUCCUAGGUGGCAUAUGGGUCCCACCAGAGUACGCCACCGCUGCAGCCGCCGCCCACGGCGGUGCACCCCCUACCCUCUAUGGUGCACACCCAACCACCCAUGGCUCUCAACACUACUGUGCUCCACAAAUGCCCCAAGAGUUCUAUUCCGGACCACCGGCGUCUCAGCCCCACCACCAGUUGCACCAGCAGCACGCCCUCCACCACCAGCUCCACAUAUACAAGGCCUCUUCACAGUCCCACAGCUCGCCGGAGUCUGAUGUCAGGGGGCCCGGUGACCGGACUGAGAGCUUUGGAGACAGGAAGUCCGAGAGUAGUGGUGGCUGGAAGGAUGAUAGCGGUGGGGAGAAUGGCGGUGGAGGAGACAGAAAAGGGUUGGCAACACUGCAAGGCGAAGGUGAAGAGAGCAAUGGCAGUGAAAUCACUCUCAAAUUUUAACCAUCAUUUUAAGUAACAGUAUCAAAAGUUAUUAUUUCAUAAAUAUUAGUAUAAAAAAUUCAAUAAUAUUGACCAAUAUUUAAACUAUUUUAUGAUUAGAGGGAGUUAGGGUUAGAGUGAUGAUUUUGAUUAAUUAAAUCUAUUUUCUAUAUUGGAGGAUACAAAGGGCAUAAAGAAAAAGUGAGUGUUUGUUUUGUUAUUAACCAAUUACCCAUUGUAUGCUUUUCAUGUCCUAUUUUGAAAAAAAUUGAAGAUUGGAUUUAUAUGGAUUUUGGCUUUUUCUUCAA